CGCUUAACUAUGGUUAGUUGUUAGAGUAAUAGAAAGUUAGAGCAGAGAGAACUCAGAGUCAGAGAAGAGCGAGACUUGAGAGAGAGAGAGAUCUUUUGUUGCUUUGCUUGAUUCUUCUCGCUCAAUCUCAUUUGUUUUUGGCCACCCUCCUCGAUCUCGGAGAGAGAGAGAGAGUGGCGCGCCAUUUUACACCCAACACAACAAACGCUUCUGAUCUGAAGAAAUAUAAAAUCGAAAGCCAAAGAAUUCUGGUAAUUUAAAAAAAAAAAAAAAAAAAAAGAUAGUCCGGGAAAAGCGAAACCUGAAAAAAUGGCAGCCGCUCCGGCACGAGCUCGCGCCGAUUAUGAUUACCUCAUAAAGCUUCUUCUCAUCGGCGACAGCGGGGUUGGAAAGAGUUGUUUGCUAUUGCGCUUCUCAGAUGAUUCUUUUACUACAAGUUUUAUUACCACAAUAGGGAUUGACUUCAAGAUUAGGACCAUUGAACUUGAUGGAAAGCGCAUCAAACUGCAAAUAUGGGAUACAGCUGGUCAGGAGCGUUUCCGAACAAUUACAACAGCUUAUUACAGGGGAGCCAUGGGCAUAUUGUUGGUCUAUGAUGUUACGGACGAGUCAUCUUUUAACAACAUUAGGAAUUGGAUCCGGAAUAUUGAACAACAUGCAUCUGAUAAUGUUAACAAGAUAUUGGUUGGCAACAAGGCUGACAUGGAUGAGAGCAAGAGGGCUGUGCCGACAUCGCGGGGCCAAGCGCUAGCUGAUGAAUACGGUAUCAAGUUCUUUGAGACGAGUGCAAAAACAAACUUCAACGUGGAGCAGGUCUUCUUUUCUAUUGCUAGAGACAUAAAGCAAAGACUUGCAGAGAGCGACUCCAAAGCAGAGCCCCAGACGAUUAAGAUCAGUAAACCGGACCAAUCUAAGGGUGCAAGUACUACCCCGGAGAAAUCAGCUUGCUGUGGUUCCUGAAGUCGUAUAAACGUAGCUCUCGAUUUCUCAUGUCCAGUAUUAGUUUUAUUAUAACCCUGGGGAGUGGGGAAUCAGUUACCGUUUCUCCAAGGCGUUUCUGGUGGCAGCUUUUGCUCUUAAAGUUUACUUUAUUAAGCUACUGGGUGUUGUAAUUUCUCCCUCAAUCUGUAGAAAGUUUCCUUUGAAUGCUUUUAUAGGCUUUGGAGUUGCUAGUUCCAACAAUCUUAAGUAGAUCGUCUCAUAUGUAAUGUGCUUAUAUUUGGUUGUGAAUGCUGAUCGAUUUUAGUCGUAGAUGAACAAAAAUCCACCCAUCUUUUACUGUUUCCAAAAAUCCCUUGUUCAGGUGGUGUGGUGGUUUGCUUCACUUGUCUGUUAAUCCUCCACUGAUAUUAGAAAGAUAAAACUAGGUUGCUUCCCU